AUGUCCCGAGGUACCUGAACAUUACGAUCUGAUUGGAAAAGGUUCGGCUUCCAGGAGCAAAUCAAGGAAGGUGCAUCCGUCGGUAGGAGCUAAGUUCUACAAAUCUUAAACGCAUUUUAUUUUCCUCUUUUAAGACAGCAGUGAGGUGUACAGGAUAUUUGAGACUUCAUCGAGGUCCAUCUCCAGGAGUCUGCUCUUCGUCAUUCCUGCACAUUCCUGCGUUUCUCACAAUAUUCAAAAUGCUCUCUUUACGCCACGCUCUCACCUUCUUCCUCGCGCUUGGCACUACAGUCGCGCAAAUCCUCACUCUCACAGCCUCUCUUCCUGAUAGCACACUCGAUGGUCAGCCAGUCAACGCCGAUGGAGAAGCAUUCUCUCUCGGUGGCUCUCCUGCCAGCUACUGUCCCACCGAAGUCGGCACUGCUUGUCCCAAUGUUACAGCGACUGUCUUUGCAGGCAUGAGUGCUCUAUGGGUUGAAGUUCCUGGCGGUCAAGAGGUUUAUGUCCAGACAGAUGGAGCCCUUGGAUUCACCCAAGCCCACUCUGCCUCCGUCCCGCCUGGAGCCUACAUUGGUGGAUUUUCGAACGUCACUGUCGCCUCGGAUUGCCACGCACCGUGGGAUGUUAUCACUUGGAAUGCACCAGAUGGAUCCACAGGAGGAAUUCUUGCUUGCCCAGAAGUCCCUGCUGGUACGAAUGGCACGGCAAUCUAUCAAGUCUAUGCCAAGACGCCAGCAUUCAACAAGACGAAUUGCGUGACUCUUGCUGGCUUGCUUCCCACCUACUUGCCAGCUGGGUCACCAUUUGGUGCCUGGCAGUACAUCUAAGAGAAUCUCCACCAUUGCUUCUCCCAAGCUGCUGUACCUAUAAUUAAUGAG